AUGGGUGUCGUACUCGUAGGGCCGAAUCGUGAAACUUAUAACGUCGAUCACCUUGCAAUCGUCGUGGACCUCAUCAUACCCAAAGGAAUACGAAUUGUCGAAGUACAACUCGUGAGUACGCAGGAUUUUCAAUUUUCUCGUGGCUGGAGUCAUUAUAUAGAUGUUGCAAUCUGUGUGAAUGGACAACAAAAAGCAAACAAGGCCGUUACAAGAUCCGAUGAUCCUAAACACAAUAACAGGAAGAGGACAGCAGCCGGUGAGUGGGUCGGCCAGGACGGAGCCAUAGAUGGCGGAGUUGAUGGGGCAAGUGUAAAGGCUGCGGUCGUUGUCAGUUAUGAGGCCGAAGAUGAGGCAACCACCAAAAACCCCAACCUCUACUUCAACAUAACUAUCACAAUCACCAAAGUCGUCUUCAGAACCAAAAUCCCCAUCCUCUACUCCACCAAAACUAUCACAAUUACCAAAGUCUUCAGGUGGUAUAGGCAGCCGAGUGAAUGUCUCGGUGGAGAGGUUGAGGGAGACAAUAUCCCGUCUACCCGCAGACACUUCAACAUACCAGUGGAUGGACCCGUUCAGGAACUUACCCGCCAGGUUGCCGGUGUCCCCGCCAGGCCAGCUCAGGGGCUUCCACGAGUUGGCCCUCGAGCUAUAAAUCAUGGCAUGGCUCUCGUGCUCCUCGUCGGUCGGUAUCGUGAAACUGUGAACCUCGAUCACCUUGAAAACGUCAUGGACCUCAUCAUACCCAAAGGAAUACGAAUUGGGGAAGAUUUCCAUUUUUCUCGUGGCUGGAUUCAUUAUACAGAUGCUGCACUUGGGUUGAUUGCACGAGUCGGACAAAAUAAAGCAAACAAGACCGUUACAAGAUCCGAUCAUCGGGCAAUAGGAGGGCAGUCUAAGGCGGAGACGUCGACGGGGAUCGGAUCUCGAUUAUUGUCGACGGAGCAGCCGGUGAGUGAGUCGGCGGCGACGAAGCCAUCGAUGGCUGAGUUGAUGGAGCAAGCUGCCGUCGUUGUCGGUUACGAGGCCGAAGAUGAGUUGAUUGCUCCCCCAAUCCCCGUCACCGCCCAAGCUCAUCACGACGGUGAACGCGCAUUGAUUCGACUUCUCCGAAGGCUGUCCCCCAAAAUCUAG